GGGCCCGAGCUGAGCGGCCGGCGGUAGUAGCGGCGGGCGGAGGCCGAGUCGCGGCGCCGUGCGGGUGAGUGGUGGCAGGACCGCGCGGAGCCGGCCCCGGGGGAGGGCUGCGUGCGGGGCUGUCGGCUCUCUCCUUGCGGUCGGAGGGCGCGGGCGGUGGCGGCGCGCGUCUCUGAGCCGGGGCGCCUGGGCUGCGCCCGCGACACGGCCGGGCCGGGACCGGAGCGGUGCGUGGGUCCGUAGGGGCGCUGGGAGCGCAGCGGCUCCGUCAGGGCGGUGCGUGGGAACGGCUGUGCUCCGCGCCUUGGGCUGAGCGCUCCGCGCGUCGCUCGGUUCGGUCGUGUGACGUUUACCGGUAAGACCUGCAGCUGCUGUGAGGGCUGUGCCCAAACGGCGUGUGGCGCGGGGCUGCCGUGCACCUGCGUUUACCUCUGAGCGCUCUGAGCAAAGCCCUCUCCGUUCGAAUGGUUUUGUGAGGUUGUGAGUGCUGCAUGUGUGCUUUUGAGAGCGGUAGUGUGAGGAAGCUUGCAGUGGAAUGGCAGGACGGCCUCAUCCUUAUGACAGUAACUCCAGUGAUCCAGAGAAUUGGGAUCGGAAAUUGCAUAAUAGACCUCGUAAGCUUUGUAAACAUUCAAGCACCUCAUCUCGUAUUGCUAAAGGAGUAGACUGUACAAAAAUGAGCCUCCAUGGUGCAAGUGGUGGACAUGAGAGAUCAAGGGACAGACGCAGAUCAAGUGACAGAUCUCGUGACUCAUCCCAUGAAAGAGCAGAGUCUCAGCUCACUCCAUGCAUCAGGAAUGUUACUUCGCCAACAAGACAGUACCAUUCUGAUCGAGAAAAGGAUCACAGUUCAUCUCGACCAAGCAGCCCUCGUCCUCAGAAGACUUCCCCUAAUGGUUCCAGUGUUAGCAUGGGGAACAGCAGCAGGAACAGUAGCCAGUCAAGUUCAGACGGAAGCUGCAAGGCUGGUGGAGAAAUGGUGUUUGUGUAUGAAAAUGGGAAAGAGGGAGCUCGGAACGUAAGAACUUCUGAACGGGUAACACUUAUAGUGGACAACACCAGAUUUGUUGUAGAUCCUUCUAUCUUCACUGCACAACCAAACACAAUGUUGGGCAGGAUGUUUGGAUCAGGCAGAGAACAUAACUUCACACGUCCCAAUGAAAAAGGAGAGUAUGAAGUUGCGGAAGGAAUUGGGUCCACUGUGUUUCGUGCAAUUCUGGAUUACUACAAGACUGGAGUGAUACGCUGUCCUGAUGGGAUAUCUAUUCCUGAAUUGAGAGAAGCAUGUGACUAUCUCUGUAUCUCUUUUGAGUAUAGUACUAUUAAAUGCAGGGAUCUCAGUGCUCUCAUGCAUGAAUUGUCAAAUGAUGGUGCUCGCAAACAAUUUGAGUUUUACCUCGAAGAAAUGAUUCUCCCCUUAAUGGUCGCCAGUGCCCAAAGUGGUGAGCGGGAGUGCCACAUCGUUGUGCUGACAGAUGAUGAUGUUGUUGACUGGGAUGAAGAGUACCCUCCUCAGAUGGGAGAGGAAUAUUCCCAAAUUAUUUACAGCACGAAGUUGUAUAGAUUCUUCAAAUACAUUGAAAAUAGAGAUGUGGCCAAGUCUGUUUUGAAGGAAAGAGGACUCAAGAAGAUCCGAUUGGGCAUUGAAGGUUACCCUACAUACAAAGAGAAAGUGAAAAAGCGACCAGGUGGAAGGCCAGAGGUCAUUUACAACUAUGUCCAGAGGCCGUUUAUCCGGAUGUCAUGGGAGAAGGAGGAAGGAAAGAGCCGGCACGUUGACUUUCAGUGUGUGAAAAGCAAAUCUAUCACAAACCUAGCAGCAGCGGCAGCAGAUAUACCCCAGGACCAGCUUGUGGUAAUGCAUCCUACCCCCCAAGUAGAUGAGCUGGAUAUUCUGCCUAUUCAUCCUCCACCCAGUAACAGUGAGAUGGAUACUGAGGGACAGAACCCGCCCCUUUGAUCUAGACUGUUACGAAACAAAAGCAUGCUCCAUUACAGUGACUCUGUACUCAACUCAUACUACACUGCAAUUCCAGUUUUCUCCAUUGUGUAACGGUGUUUAGGAUAUUGCAGUACGGACCUUUGGAAAGACCAAGGGGUGUCUCUGGUUGUUUUUGAAAGGGUACAGAUAAAACAUCCUGGGGUUACAGUUACAUACAUGUAUUUGUUUACUGGUAGGUUUGUGAUGUUGGUUGUUUGUAUGCUGGACUGUCCUUGCUCUUAAGCCCAUCCAAACCGACAGGAUGCCGGGGGCUGUGUGCGUUCAGUAUUGUUACACGGGGGUUAGAAUGCAGGAUUUGGAAUUGAUAGUAGCACUUUACAAAUGGUUGAUAAAUGGAAUUUCAAGCCAUUUUUUAUAAACGUAUUGCACAAUACUAACAAAGUGCUUCUAUCAAAAGUAUUAACUAUAAAUAGUUUUGCUCUGAAUAGAUCGACCCUUCUAAAGUUAUUGCAGACGGUUGAGCACAGAACUACUUACCACUGGGUUUUUGGAUUGAGGACGUGAUUCAAUUACCCAUGUAACACCUUGUUGAAGUUCCUCAGUGAAUUUUUUCACUUGUUUGCAGCGUGAGCCAUGUUCAAAAGUUGUGAACAACGGAUAGGGGCUUUAUCUUAAAUUUUGCCUUACCUUACUAUGUUCACAAGUAUUUAUUUACUAAAUUUUUCAUAAGUGUCAUGAAAUAGGAAAAUGCAAACGGUUCAUUCUUCAUUUAUUGAUUGUAAACAAGUUUUUCAUGCAAAUAAAAUUUCCAUUAUUUUAA